AUGGUUGACGAGUCGAGUAAAACACGUCUUAGACAAGAAAUUGAUCGUUUGAAAGAUGAAAAUGAAGUUCUAAAAGAAAGACUUAAACAACAAGAAAGUGGUCUUCGUCAAAGAACAACAGGUGUUAAUCCUGUCGUCGACCGACUUAAAUCGAAUCAGCAACAACAAAAUGGUCUUGUUCUUUUUGGUAUUGCUUUAACUGAACAACUUGUUCUUGUGGCUUUUGUUAUUGCAUUAUUAUUUGGCUUUUCAUUCGGUUAUUUUCUCUUUUCAUGUAACAAUUAA